GACAACAAAUUUGAACAUGAUAUAAACAAUGAAAUUUCACUUUUGCAAAAGAGGACAUACGACUCAUUGAUUUUUACAGAUACUCUGUAUUCUGAAUUUUAAAAGAAGCAGACACUUUAAACCUAUUUUCACCCAUAUUUCAUCUCGCAAGAAAAAGCUAUGUUUCCUGCAGUAACACAGGCACUGAUCACUGUAGUUUACAGUAAACAAGGCGCAACUGCAAUGUUGACAGAUCAGAAAAUGCUUCCAGUAGUAAAAAGUGAAGGCAAAAAUUGGGGAAAAGUUUUGUCUUCACUUUACAUGAACACUUGCAGGAAAAUGUCACAUGGAAACAGCCAAGCGAGUGUCAUGACAUCCUGUGUUUUGUUUGUAGUCCAGCAGCAUGCGCACUUGUUCCAUGAAGUUUUCAGUUUCAACAUGUCUGAGUUGACUGAAUUGCUGUGACAAGCCUAAACCCAAUUCCUCUUUUCUUUUUUCUUUUUUUUUCUUUCUUUUUUUAAGUCAACACGGACACAGGGGAGUUAUUUUCUUGGGAAGAGUAGCUACUCUUUGUGAAUAUACAAAAUGCGAUUUCAGCUUGCCAUACACUUCCUCUUCCUCAGAAGGACAGGAAAAUAAAGGAGACAACUGUUAUCUGCUUUGAGAACAAAAACAAAACUGAAAUACUGAGGCAGGCCAGAAACCUGGGGGGGACUGCAGAUUACCUGAAUAAACAAAUAACUAAAAAGAACACUGAUAUCCCAGGCAGGCACACACCCAUCCUUAAAAAGAAAAACAAAAUGGAAGCAACAUGGACGAGGAAAUGUAAAGUGUGCAUAAGGAUCACCCGAGAAAGCAAAAGUAAUAAUGCCCAAAUGCAAGAUUUCAGCCUCCUGCAAGCUCUCAUUGAAGAUCCUCUUGCUGGCUCGUGCAACUGAAGAGCUGGAGGCAGAGAAGGCUGCAAGAGAGGAAGAGAAGGUUUGCUAUCUAGGAGAGAAGCUUCCACCGCUGCAGCUCAUUGGUUUAAAUACAGAUGACCUGCAGAAACUCUGUAAGCAGAUUCAUGCAAAGAAUGAAAUGGUGGAUGAGGAGCGGUACGACUGUGAGGCCAAAGUCAUCAAGAACAACAGAGAUAUCAAUGAAUUUAUUCUAAAAGUGCAGGACCUCGGAGGAAAGUUCAAGAAGCCAGCUCUGAGGAAGGAGCUGACCUUGGAGAUGGGUGACUGGCGUAAGAACGUGGAGGCCAUGUCUGGUAUGAAGGGCAGGAAGAAGAUGUUUUUGAUGCAUGAUGUUAGAGAUUAAUAAAUAAUAAUUAAGUCAAAAAAUUAAAAAAAGAAAAACAACAGAAGUAAAUGAAAAAGCUUUAGAAAAUCGAAAAUUGCCUGGGAGGCUCAUGUUUGAUGGAGCUCAGCAGUGAAAUAUAAAGAGUGCAGUGACGUACUGUAAAUUUGCCGUCACAACAGUAGUUCCUGCGCUGGACUUUUCAUUGAUUUCUUUCUGCAUUUAGAAGCUGCUGCUGUUUUGGCAGAAGUGUAAUAAAACACAUGACUUUCAAGUCACUGUAGUUUUUAUUCUGUUCUCAAGUAGACUAUUUGUAAAAUAGCAUUGUGAAUACACAGUAUAUUACUGCCUGAUAAUGCUGUUAUGUAAAAGAAUGCAAUAAAUGUGUACAUAUUGCCUCUCAUUUUGUUUCACUUACACAUAUUCACAAUAGAUUUGAAGCAAAUAUGUAAAACACAGUAACUAAAUGUAGCCUCUACUCUAAUGCUGCAGCACUGAACAUUUCUACUGUUGGUGGGAUUUAAAUUGACGAAAAUAUUGCAAAGAAUCCGUCAGGUACAAUACUGAAUUCCACUUGUAAUUGCAACAGACUUGACAUUGUCCUUUUACACUGUUAUGAAAGGGGUAUUGUAGCUGUUUUUCAUGUACAGUGUCUCCGCUAAGCUAUGUCACUGACUUACAGUGACAAAGCACCAACCAUAUUUUAUGUCAGAGCCAGGGUAUACUUAGCCUUUCCUCUUGACUGGAAUGAAUUCCUCUCCAAUAAUAAACUGUAAACACUGUCACACACACUAGUAGCUGUCCUUGGGCUGACAUCAAAGAGUGUCAGUAAGACAAAGGCUGAAUGAUGGAGGGUGACAGGAUGGAGUCGUCAUCCUCCAAGGAAUGUAUGAGUCUUCGUGAGCACCUGUGCAAGUACAGUAUGUAACAUUAUAAUGCUCUGUAUGAUUGUCUAAAGAAUACAACUUAAAAAGACACUUUGGUAUUUCAUGGUGUUUAUUUCAGGUCUCACAAGUUAAUUUUUUUCCCCACAACAU